AUGACUUCCCUAUUGAACACCCCUAUCACGGCACCCUCCGGGGUGGUCUUCCCUAACCGUCUUGCAAAGGCGGCGAUGGCUGAGGAGAUGGCGGAUAAUGCCGAUCCUGGCGAUACACACAUCUCGGCGUAUACCAAAUGGGGUUCUGGAGGAUGGUGUUCUCUCCUCACAGGAAAUGUCGAAGUCUCUAGCAAGUAUCGCGGGUCUUACAAAUCGGUGGCUCUCACAUCUCAGCAAGAAGGGACGCCCACCAUUGUGCAGCUUGCUGGUGAUCGAGGAUUCUUUGACCCAACCAUCGCCCCAUCUCCAGUUCCUAUGAAUAUCGGCGAUGGCAUUCUCGAGAGAGCUUUGCAAAGGGUUGCAUUCGGUACUCCGAAAGAAAUGUCGAUCGCAGAUAUUGAGGAAGUGGUCGACCAAUUCGCCUACGCCGAAAAGUUGUCAUACGAGGUUGGAUCUAAAGGUGUUGAAUUGCAUGGAGCUCACGGGUACCUGCUCUCGACCUUCCUGACCUCGGAGACGAACUUGCGAACCGAUGCAUAUGGAGGCACGCCUGCGAAGAGAGCUCGUAUCGUGAUCGAAGUUAUUCGCGCUGUGCGAAAGGUCGUUCCAGCUUCGUUCUGCGUCGGCAUCAAGAUAAACAGUGCCGAUGUUGGCGGCAACGAAAGCCUCGAGGAAAGCCUGGAACAGGUUGGUCUGAUUGCAGCCGAACAGAUCGACUUCCUUGAGAUCAGCGGCGGUAGUUACGAGAAGCCUCGCAUGUCUACUGGCGACCAAGCGACGCGAGCAGAGAAGCGCGAAGCGUUUUUCCUAGAUUAUGCAAGUGCUGUUCGAGAACGUUACUCGAACCUUAUUUUAAUGGUUACCGGCGGUUUCCGUUCGAGAAAGGGGAUGGAAGCAGCAUUGCAGAGCGGAGCCUGUGACCUCAUCGGGAUUGGAAGGCCUGCUGCGGUCUGGCCUCAACUGCCGAAGGAGAUGUUGCUAAACGAGAAGGUGGAAGUCACGGCUGCGGUGAAGAAGCUUAACACUUUGAAGCUGCCUUGGCAGUUGCGGAUAAUUCCUAUCAAGCUCAUCGGUGCUGGAGCAGACACAAUGUACUACGCAAAGCAAAUACAAGCAAUUGCUUUCCGGAGGAUACCGCAGGCACCGCCAAGUCAUUGA